GGAUGAGGAUAAAGGCUUGACGUCUUCACGCCCAAACGGUCGCAUGUCUGCAAGUGCUAAGGCGCGACUUGAAGAAGACGACGCAGAGAUUGCUCGACUAGAAAAGAAGUUGGGCAUCAAAAAGUCGUCUAAGACAGGCCGCGACGACGAGCUGGACUGGCUGGUCAAUGGGUCUGACAGCGAAGAUGGCGAUUUAGAGCCUUUGGCAAAGCGGAAACGAAGCAGUGGCGACGAUGAAUGGCUACAGAGUAAGAGACAGAAGGCAAAGGUUGGAUCGCAGGUCAAAGAGGCAAAGAACACACCAGCAAGCAGCGAAGAGGAAGACGAAGGUCUCGACGGUAUGGCUGAGUCAGAUUCGGAGACCUUGGAAAACUCAGAUCACUUCUCGGGCUUUUCUGAAGAUGACGAUGAGUAUGUAUCAGCGGAUGAGCAACCAAUCGCUGCUCCACCGAGAGUGCGUGAGAAUCCAUAUGUCGCGCCUGUGACCAACGACAACCAACCUACAAAGUAUGUCCCUCCGUCACUUAGAAAGGCAUCAGCAUCGGACACGGAGGCGCUGCGACAACUGCAGCGGCAACUACAAGGUCUUCUCAAUCGUCUUUCGGAGGCGAACAUUCUUGCUAUUCUACAAUCCAUUGAGCAAAUAUAUGCUAGCAACGCACGACAACAUGUCACUGCAACCUUGAUCGAGUUGUUAGGCACACGCACUGCGGAUUUCGCUGUAUUGAACGACACGUUCCUAAUCCUUCAUGCGGCGUUUGCGACUUCAGUGUAUCGUGUGAUUGGCCCGGACUUUAUCGCCCAAUUACUCGAGGACUUGGUCAGGCGCUUUGACGACGCAUCUGCACGAGAGGAGGACGGUCAGGCUGGAGGCAAACAAUCUCUGAAUAUCCUUGCAUUCAUGUCGAACCUCUACGUCUUCCAGGCGAUUGGCUGUGAGAUCAUAUUCGAUCACAUUCGUCUGCUAUUAGACAACUUUUGCGAGGCAAACACGGAAUUGUUGCUGCGAAUCAUUCGCACGUGCGGUCCCCAACUACGGCAAGAUGAUCCAUCUGCGCUCAAGGACAUUGUCCUUUUGCUACAGAGAUCCAUUGCGAAAGCUGGCGGCGAGAGUAAGGUGUCAGUGCGCACGAAAUUCAUGGUAGAGACGAUCAUGGAUCUCAAAAACAAUCGCAUGAAGCACGGUCUCGGGGCUUCAGCAAUGGCCGCAGAGCAUGUGACAACGAUGAAGAAGACACUGGGCACACUUUCUGCCAACAGUAGAAAUGCGAAGAACACCGAGCCUCUGUCGAUCGGAUUGAACGACAUCCGUGACAGUGACAAAAAGGGGAAAUGGUGGCUCGUAGGCGCCAGCUGGCGCGAUCCUGCAAAAAUGGCCGACGCACGCAAACAGGCCCAAGAACAGCCUGUCGUCGCCAAGGCCGAGAUCGACACCUUCUCCGACGACGAGACGGCGGUGGACCUCUCCGCGCUGGCCCGCGCCCAAGGAAUGAACACCGAUGUCCGCCGCGCCAUCUUCUACGCCCUCCUCGACUCGGUAUCCUAUCAACACGCCCACGAGCGCAUCCUCAAACUCAACCUGAAGUCCAAACAAAUGCUGGAAGUCCCGCGCGUCAUCCUCCGCUGCGCCGCAGCCGAGACGUCGUAUAACCACUUCUACACCCUAGUCGCGAGCGAGUUCUGUAAAGAACAUCGAUUGCGCAAAGCGUGGGAGUUUAGCCUUCUGGAUACAUUCCGACGGAUGGGCGAAGAUCGCGACGAUGAAUACCCUUCGGAUGAUGACGAUGCGGACGAUGACGAGAAAUUGAGUGUGCGGGAGACGUACAAUCUCGCCAAAUUAUAUGGCGCCUUGGUGGCGGAGGGACUUUUGCGCGUCACCAUUCUGAAGACGCUGAACCUGUCUUCGCCGAAAGGUCUACAGCCCACGACGACGGUAUUUGUGCAAGUCCUCGUCACGACGGUUCUGCUCGCGCUGAAAUCGGCGUCGAAGAAGUCAGCCUCGGAUGCAGUUUCCCAAGAGAAGGGGGAGACUGCUUUCGAGGCAGAAGUGAAAUCGACGUUCGCUCAUGCCCAUUUCCUCCCUGAUCUCCCGGUUGCAUUACGAUAUUUCCUGGCGCGGUCCAUGACCAAGACUGACAUCGCCAGUUCUACGAAGAAUAAGAAGGAGAGAAAGGCGGUGAUGAUCGGACUUGGAUACGCAUUGGAAGCACUCAAAGAGCAAGCUGCUGGGGCGAAUGAAUUGAUGACGUCGGAUGAUGAGGAUUACAGUAGAGAUGAUAUUUAG